UGCACAUGUACAUACAUAUUCAGUACUUCUUCUAUAAUUUUAACAGAUUUAGCAUUGAAAGUGACUGUGAUAUAUAAAUAUGUAUUGCAUGUGUAUAAUAUUUCAUAUUUUAUUCAAUUUGGUUUCCACUUCUUUGUUAUGAAGUAAAUGUCUAUGGACUUGGAGCUUGAAGACACAAUGGUGCUUAUCGCUUAAAUAACUUUUACGGAAAAGUGCAAGCCGUUGCCACUUUUUUUGUUGAUGAACCGUUACCGAGAUAUCGGGUCAACAGGAAGUUUCUCCGAAAAAAAAGCUGCUGAAGUCUGGUCACAAAAUUUGGUGGAAACAUGUGGUCUGUCAACCCCUUUACAUAUGGACAAUGGAAAAAAGGAAAGACAGAUGGAAAUCUCGAUACUAAUAGAGAAUUUCAUAGUCUGAAUGGAUUGCAGCCACGAACAGUGACGGCACCUACAUUAGUAUUUGCCGACGAAUUACUGAACUUAUUGGAGUUCAAUGAAUCUUCAAAAAGGUCGUUGAUUGCCUUCGCUGAUGAUUUGAUAUCCUGCAUGCCACAUAAGAAGGAAACUGAGGUGGAGCUGAACUUCAGAAGAUGUUCAAUGACAUAACUUUCUUCUUCGUCUUGACCUACGUCUUCAGCGAGCACGUUAAAGUUGCACUAGAAAGCGUUCGCAAAGUAUUCAUGUCUAUUCCAAGACUCUUUUAUACUCCACAUGGGUGUUCUAUUUGGUUUAACUUGAUUGCUUGCCAAAUGGAGAAAAUAAGGAUCUUUGAAACGAAAUGUCUGCGUGCUUGCACGGAGCUUAACAGAACUGCUCCGUCAAAUUAUGAACAUUAUGUAACUAAUGAGGUGAUGUAUGCAGCUGCUACUGUGCCGAGAAUCGACACAGUCAUCGUUAGAUUGAUUCGGAAUCAUUUAGAUUUCGCAGCUGCUUUACUGAAAUGACGGAUAUUUUGAGAAAACCCCACGACAGGCUUCAUUCCUCAUGAAGCUUUCGUGUAUUUGGAUAGGAACGGUUUAGUUCUUGAUUCUGCCGGUGACCCGUUUAUGUAUCAUAUGUAUAGGUGAGUUGCCGACAAGAAGAUAGAAUAUCCCCAGAACUUGACUACGAGGGCUCUGGCAUUCGACUGGAGAUACUCUAGAGCGAGAACAAUUGCUGAAACGAUAUGAAAAGGAGAAAUCCUGGUACUGGUGGCUUCAGCGUGACGACUAGCAACGGCCGUGCUCAGUUCUGUAAUUUGUCUCAUGGUGGGACUAUGUAAAUAAUAUAAAUAUUAUACGGGUAUUGCUUUCAUCCCCGGUCGUUAUGAAUUAGAUAUUUUAUUUGGGUGCCCACACUGGCCACCAUGUUUAUUCCCUUUUUUCUUGUUAGAUUAUAAGAUUGUUUUUCAU